UGGACCAAGAUGCCGUCAGCUGGACUGGAAAUCCUGGGCGUGAUCCUGGCCGUGUUGGGAUGGAUCUCAGCCAUCGCCUCCUGCGCUCUGCCGAUGUGGCGCGUCUCGGCGUUCAUCGGCGUCAACAUCGUGACGGCGCAGACCACGUGGGAGGGCAUCUGGAUGAACUGUGUGGUCCAGAGCACCGGGCAGAUGCAGUGCAAGAUCCACGACUCCAUGCUGGCGCUGAGCGGAGACCUGCAGGCGGCCCGAGCGCUGACCGUCAUCUCCAUCGUGAUGGGAAUCCUGGGACUCCUGGCGGCCAUGAUGGGAGCCAAGUGCACCUCUUGUGUGGAGGAGGAGCGGGCAAAAGCUCGGGUGAUGGUGGCGGCCGGCGUCACUUUCGUGGUGGCUUCCCUGACGCAGCUGAUCCCAGUGUCGUGGUCGGCCCAUGCCAUCGUCAUGGAGUUCUAUAAUCCCGUCAUUCCCGAAGCCCAGAAGAGAGAUCUGUUCACUGGAACCAUGUCCGUCGGGCUGGAGCUGAUCGGCAUCUCCCUGUGCAUCCUGGGAUGGAUCAUCGCCAUUGUGGCGUGCGCCCUGCCCAUGUGGCGGGUGACCGCCUUCGUCGGCAGCAACAUCGUGACGGCUCAGAUCAUCUGGGAGGGUCUGUGGAUGAGCUGCGUGGUCCAGAGCACCGGCCAGAUGCAGUGUAAGGUCUACGACUCCAUGCUGGCGCUGUCCCAGGACCUGCAGGCCGCCCGGGCGCUCACCGUCAUCUCCAUCCUGCUGGCCAUCCUGGCCGUGCUGGUCGCCAUCGCCGGGGCCAAGUGCACCAACUGCAUUGAGGACGAGGCGUCCAAGGCCAAGGUGAUGAUCAUCUCCGGCGUCUUCUUCAUCGUGGCGGGAGUCAUGCAGCUCAUCCCUGUCUCAUGGUCGGCCAACACUAUCAUCAGGGACUUCUACAACCCGCUGGUGACUGACGCCCAGCGGCGGGAGUUGGGCGCGGCGCUGUACAUCGGCUGGGCGGGCGCCGCGCUCCUCAUCCUCGGUGGCGGCCUCCUCUGCUGCUCCUGUCCGCCGCGAGAGACACGCUAUAACCCGUCACGGGUGGCGUACUCCACAUCCCCCCGUGGCCCCGGGGGCCCGGGCCUGGAGAGGAAGGACUACGUCUGA